AUUUCCUUUAAGGCGUUACCGAUCGAACAAAAGAUCGGACAAAUCGAUUCCAUGGCACUUCAAGCGGAGAGUGGCACGGACGAGCAAUUCAUAGCAAAGUUGCAAAGUCUUAAAGGCUUGAGGCGGCAGACUCAGAGCCUUUUCGACCUCAAGUCGCAAAUACUGGUGACCAACGAGACAUUAGAAGUCAAGCAAAAUUUAUUAGAAGAAAUGACCUCAGAGCGAAGACGGCUUGUGAAGGAGAAAAGAAUGAUGAUGGAUAUGAUUCAGGCAAUUCAACGGGAUAUUGAAACGAUGACAGAAGGCGAAAACUCAUUGCAAACCGAGUGUAGAAACUUAGAGCAAUCAUUACGAAACUUACGAGAUAACGAAUAUGAGCCAUUACAAGAGAAAGUUAACGCAGCACGAGCAUCGAAUGGAUUAGAGCGCCUGCCGAAUAUGCAGCAAGAACUUGAUGCACAAAUGGCAAGCUUUUGGAGGUUCUUCUUGUUCCAGACGACUCCUACCCUGAUAUCAAUGUUACCCACUGUACAGUAAUUCCAAAAAAAAAAAAAAAAACUACAAGAUAAAACAUGUCUGCAGAGUAUGA